AUGUCUUCAUCACCCGUCGCCCCGAUAGCAUCUCCACCCGCUCCCGCCCCAUCUGGGACGACAUUACCGCGUUCUGCGAUUGCAAACGGCAAAACCUCGCAGUCGCAAAAGAAAAAGAUCUCACCUGUAGUUUCUCUCACGUCAGGAGGAGUUGCUGGUGCCGUAGAAGCUGCCACAACAUACCCAUUCGAGUUUGCAAAGACAAGGGCCCAACUGCAGCCCAGUGGCUCCAGGAAUCCAUUCGCAGUCCUUUCUCAGGUCGCUCGCCAAGAUGGUUUCCGCUCCAUCUACACUGGUUGCUCAACCUUGAUCCUGGGCACGACGGCCAAAGCCGGUGUUCGAUUCAUGUCGUUCGACUCUAUCAAAAAUGUCCUCAAAGAUGAGCAGGGAAACUUAUCGCCGGCUAGAGGUAUACUUGCAGGCAUGGUCGCGGGCGCUGUGGAGAGCGUUGUGGCUGUGACACCUACGGAGAGGAUCAAAACAGCACUCAUCGACGACGCCAAGUCCGGCAAGAUGCAGUACAAGGGCGGCUUCCACGCCCUGACGGUAAUGAUCAGGCAGCAGGGAGUCGUCGAGGUGUACCGCGGUCUCUUGUCGACCACCAUGAAGCAGUCGGCCACGUCCGCCGUGCGCAUGGGCUCCUACAACAUCAUCAAGGAACAGAUCAAGAAGAGAGACCUGCCGCAGAACAGCGCCGUCACCUUCGGCUCGGGGGCCAUUGCUGGUACCAUCACGGUCUAUGCGACACAGCCCUUCGACACCGUCAAGACCAGGUCCCAGUCCGCGCGCGGCGCCGGGACUCUGGAAGCAUUCAAAAGCGUCAUCUCCUCCAGUGGCGUCAGGGGUCUGUGGAGCGGCAGCACAAUGAGGUUGGGUCGGUUGGUACUGAGUGGUGGGAUAGUCUUCACCGUGUAUGAAAAGGUGUCGGGCAUCCUUACUGGAGGGGAAUGA